GGUGUUUCGUCAUAAUUAGCCUCACAUUUUUCAUGAAUAAAAAGCGCUUCCAUAAAUGGAACACAUUUUCAAAGACUCGUAAGACGAUGCUGAAAAUAUUCUCCUCGGUGCCCAACGUCAACAAUCACAUGUCCAAAUAUGGGACAUGAUUUCCACGAAGAGCACGUGCUAGUCAUGCGACGUACCUUUCCACGGUAUCCUUGGGCUGUUCAAUCCAGUUACGAUUUGUUACUCGUCCUGUUAAAGCCUAAACAAGAAAUGUUUAUCCUAUUAAUAUCUGCGCAGUGGACGAUUUUAAAAAUACAUUUUCAGUGCUUUUCUCAUCUGCCACAUGUUGUUCAAUUAUAACUUGUUAUGGAUUAAAUGUUUCAGGGUGUACCGUUCCCCUGUGUACAACAUGGCGUUGAAAUGGAUGCAGGGCGUGGUGAUCUGCCUCGUGGUUAUUGUGACGUCACUGGCUGUAUUAUUGACUAGUCCCCUCCAAACAAACACGGCACUUGCAAGCUUUGGGAAGAGCAUUCAGGCCGGCCUACGAGGUAGGUCUAUGGCAGAGACACUGCGCAGCGUCCGUCUUCUCUGUUGGGUAAUGACGAUGCCCAGCAACCUACAGAAAAAGGCUAGAUACGUCAGAGAGACGUGGGGAAAGAGAUGUGACGUACUCCUCUUCUUCAGCUCGGUAGAAAAUAAAGCCCUGUCUGUCAUUGGUCUCAACGUUUCGGAAGGACGAAGCCAUCUCACUGACAAAACUUACCACGCAUUCCGCUACGUGUAUAAACAUUAUUUCAACCAGGCUGAUUGGUUUCUAAAGGCUGACGAUGACACUUAUGUAAUCGUAGACAAUCUCAAGUUCUACCUGUCCAAGUUUGAUAAGAAUCAGGGACUAUAUUUCGGAGCUACCUUUUCGAGAUUCACACCCCAAGGUUACAACAGCGGAGGUGCCGGUUAUGUGCUGAGUAAAGAGGCUUUGAAAAGAUUUGGUGAGCGUGGAAGUAAUAAGACUGCGUGUCCAUAUAAGGGUGGCAUCGAGGACGCAGCCGUGGGUCACUGCAUGUACAACCUGGGGGUCAAGCUUGUCAACACGCUGGAUAAGAAGAAUAGGACCCGGUUCCACGCCUACCACCCCCUCACCCACAUGGAAGCUGGAGACAAAUACCUCAACUCUGUGUCAGCGUAUGGCUACAGAACUGGAGCGAUGAACAUUAGUGAUCUGCCCCUGACAUUUCACUACAUACAAGGUCGGAACAUGAAGGCUGUGGAGUUCUACCUAUAUCAUGUACGCCAUGUUGGAGAUGGCGGGACAGUCUUAACUUAAUACAACGAUCUCUCGGUUUCCUUUCUGUCAUCUGUGAGAUCAUCCUCUAUUGUCAACGGUAUUUUAUUUCAUUUUAUACCUGGACCCAUACCCUAAAUUAUCGAGGAUGUCCCUGGACCCAUACCCUAGAUUAUCGAGGACUUGUCCUUGGUCCGGUUAUUUUUUACAUCGCGCAGAAAACCAGGAACCAGCUUAUCUUUGAUGCAAGGGAAUACAUGGAACAUCUACUCAUCACCGUUUGAUAGAGAUACUGAGGAAUGGAGAGGCCUUACUAUGAUUAAAGUUUGUUAUAUUGUCAUUACAAUGGAUGAUAACUAUAUCCCUGUGAAAGUCUGAGCAACCUUUAAUGAAGAGAAUUUGUUUAUUAUUGUUUCUACCAUAUAUUUAUGUAAGAGAACGCACCAUCACCGGAUAUGACAUCCAAUAAACGACUGCUGAGGUUAUUGUUUUCCUGGAUAAUAUACGCCGCCCACGUGAACAGUGAACAGGUGUUAUAAACUUUUAUGACACGUGUGUUGCAACAUUGAAUAGAAUUUGAUCACCCUCAUUUAUCCAGUGUAUAUUUCCAUUUAUUUUAUUUUUGUAAGAGGGCAUUUUGAACUCAGGAAACCGCCUUUUCCAGCUAAAUGUUCUAAAAGCUUUCAGAUUAGAUUAAAAAAUAUCGAAGGCU